AUGUCGGGCCUCAGUCAGCCAGAGAUAGAGGGCUGUCGUAAUCUGCUCGGCCUUUUGGACAACAAUGAGAUCAUGUCCCUAUGCGACACUGUCACCAACCGACUGGUGCAGCCCGAGGACCGCCAAGCAACACAAGGGGUAAUUAUACCUCCAGCUACUGAAAAACAUAAUCUUAUUCAGCAUGCAAAAGAUUACUGGAAAAAGCAAUCACAACUGAAAUGCAAAGAAACGUCGAAGCCAGUGAGUGAAGACCUGGAACUCUUUCAAAAAGAAGAAGAAGAUAAAAAAGCUGAGAAGAUUGAUUUUCAUCAAUUAGGAGAAGAAUUCUGUCGCUGGUAUUUUGCGCUGCUUAAUUCUCAGAAUCCUUUACUGGGACCACCUCAAGAUGAAUGGGGACCACAGCACUUCUGGCAUGAUGUCAAGCUUAGGCUUUAUUAUAAUACGUCCGAACAAAAUGUAAUAGAAUACCAUGGAGCAGAAAUUGUGAGCCUUCGUUUGCUAUCGUUCGUGAAAGAAGAAUUUCUUUUUCUCAGCCCUAAUCUAGAUUCCCAUGGACUCAAGUGUGCAUCUUCUCCUCAUGGGCUAGUUAUGGUUGGUGUCGCUGGGACGGUCCACCGAAGGCACACUUGUUUGGGCAUUUUUGAACAAAUUUUUGGACUUAUCCGCUGCCCUUUUGUGGAAAAUAAUUGGAAGAUCAAAUAUAUCAACCUGAAAAUUAUUGGAGAGAAUUCUCUUGCUCCUGGAAAAUUACAUACACCAACAAUUAGGUUUGAGCCAAGUGAUCUAGAGGCCUUUUAUGAUAUAAUGACUGUAGGUGGUACUGGUCAAGCACAACUUAGUGAAGAUCAGACAAUGGAAAAUGGACCAGGAGACCAAGCUUUAUGUACUGGAAAUGAAGUAGUAUUGAACAAAAGAGAACCGAGUUUACCUCUAUAG